AUGGCCAAGUCGCUUGUUACCGGCGGCACCGGCUUCAUUGGCCUGUACGUUGUCAAGCUCCUCCUCGAACGCGGCCACCGCGUCCACACCACGGUCCGCAGCCUGAAGAACACCGCCAAGUGCAAGCCGCUGCUGGACCUGCAGGCGCAGUACCCCAAUAGUCUGUCCCUGUUCGAGGCCGACCUCCUCGAGAACGGGUCUUUCCGCAAGGCCAUGGAGGACUGUGAGGUGGUGUAUCACAUCGCCUCGCCAUUCCUGGUGCCUCAGCAGAUCAAGGACGGACUCAAGGACUGCGUCGAGCCGGCUCUCCAAGGCACCAAGUCUGUCCUGGAGUCCGCCAACAAAGUCGAGAGUGUCAAGCGUGUUGUCUUGACAUCUUCAGUGGCCGCAAUGUAUGGGGACAACGCCGACGUCCUCAAAGAGAACAACGGCACCCUCACCGAGUCCUGCUGGAAUUCGACCAGCAGCCGGCUCCAGGACCGGUGGUCCCUCGUGGUCGUCAACCCGGGCAUGGUCCUCGGCCCCUCGCUCACGCCCGAGUCCGUGUCGGGGAGCCACUUCAUGCUCGAGGCCCUGUUCCGCGGCGACAACCGUAUGGGCUGCGCCGACCUCUCGUGGCCGCUGGUCGAUGUCAGGGACGUGGCUGAGGCGCACGUCAUGGCCGGGGAGGACGUGUCGGCGACGGGGCGGUACAUCGUCUCGGGCGACCGCACCGUCAGCCUGUUGGAGAUGGCGGACCUGGUGAGGCCGGUUCAUCGGAACCCCAGAGCCCUGCCCGGUCGGAAUCUGCCCAAGUUGAUGGUAUACAUGGCGGGGCCGUUCAUCGGCAUCACCAAGAAGUGGACGGACGCCAACGUCGGGAUUCCCUUCAAGGUGGACAAUAGCCGGAGUAUCGAGCAGUUGGGGAUGAAGUACCGCUCGGCCGAAGAAGCGUGCCGUUCGUUUUACGAAUCGUGGCAGAAGAAACAGAAGGUCUGCUAG